CAGAGGGCAGCCGAGUUCAGUCGAUCUUGUUUAUACCGGCGCUUUAUGUACACACCGAAACGUGAGCAUUGUGAGACCGCGAAAUUAUAUUAAAACGUAGCCACGCGCUGGAUUGUAUUCAAUUUGUUCUUUCUGGUAUGCGACGACUGACAUUUGUCGUUGAAAAAUCGAGGAGAAUGAACGCUGAUGCAUUAAUGGCGCGCCUGUUCGGCUAGGCCGCGUGACGAGACAUGGGUGAGGGUAAUGGGAGAAUGAGCUCAGCUCGUGGCUCCAGACUUGACAACGUAACGGUUCUAUAUCCGUGGCGUGGAAUCCUGUGGAAGAUCAGGUUCGCGUCUCCUUCGAAUUUCAUCGAUGGCAGCUGAAACUUUUCGCCGCGUUCAGUGACACGUGACACGGACCCAUACGCCGAACACGGCUUUAAUCGAAGCGAAGUGUCGUUCUAAUCUCGCGUCAAUAUUCUCGACUUAGAUCGUGGGUGAGAUAGUGGUGAUCGCGAUUAGAAAAACUAUCAGGGCGUAGUCCACGUGAAAGAUGAGUUACUACGGUGACGGGGGCUCAGCUCCGCUGGAUGACAUUUUCGUCAAGGCGGCCGUUGAGGUGAAACGGUUCCUCCCGUCGCUUUUCAACAUUAAAGUGUUAGGGGAGAAAGGGUCUGGCUUUAGACCGCGAGGUGCUGUUCAAGAUUUCAACACACUCAGGCGAGAAUGUCUUACGACAGGCACGCUUUUCGAAGACCCCGAGUUUCCGGCAGAAGACUCGUCCUUGUUUUUCUCAAAAAGACCUGACAGAUAUAUAGAAUGGAAGAGGCCAAUGGAAAUCGCAGACAACCCUCAGCUAUUUGUGGAGGGUUUCUCCAGGUUCGAUGUCCAGCAGGGUGAAUUAGGAGACUGUUGGUUGCUCGCAGCUGUUGCGAAUCUUACCAUGGAUUCAAACUUAUUUUUCCAAGUAGUACCAGAAGAUCAGAGCUUCGAGGAAAAUUACGCUGGUAUUUUCCACUUCAGGUUCUGGCAGUAUGGUAGGUGGGUGGACGUGGUGGUCGACGACAGGUUGCCGACUUAUCACGGCGAAUUAAUGUACCUGCGAUCGGCUGAGAGUAACGAGUUUUGGAGCGCCCUUUUGGAGAAAGCCUAUGCGAAGCUCCAUGGCUCGUACGAGGCAUUGAAAGGUGGUACCACUUGCGAAGCGAUGGAAGACUUCACGGGUGGUGUCACGGAAAUGUACCAAAUGGACGAUACCCCGCCGAAUCUGUACAGUAUUUUGUUAAAGGCUUACGAAAGGAGCUCGCUGAUGGGUUGCUCGAUAGAGCCUGAUCCAAAUGUAUUGGAGGCGGAAACGCCUCAAGGACUAAUCAGGGGCCACGCAUACAGUAUUACUCGAGUGAAAUACGUGGAAAUACAAACACCGAAUCAGUAUGGUAAAAUACCCUUGCUUAGGCUUAGGAAUCCUUGGGGAAACGAGGCGGAAUGGAAUGGUCCUUGGAGCGAUCAGUCACCGGAAUGGAGAUUCAUACCCGACCAUGAGAAAGAAGAGUUAGGCCUGACCUUUGACAUGGACGGUGAAUUCUGGAUGUCGUUCCAGGACUUCACACGAUACUUCACGCAGUUAGAAAUAUGUAACUUAAACCCGGACUCGUUAGCUGAGGCCGAGUUAGACGCUGGUAAAAAGAAGUGGGAAAUGAGCGUGUUCGAAGGAGAAUGGGUACGAGGCGUCACAGCUGGAGGUUGCAGGAACUUUUUGGAAACUUUCUGGCAUAAUCCACAAUAUCGAAUCACAUUGGAGUAUCCCGAUGAAGAUGACGACAAGUGUACAGUGAUUGUUGCCUUGAUGCAAAAGAAUAGACGAGCACAAAGAAGGAUGGGAGCUGAGUGUCUCACUAUUGGAUUUGCAAUAUACCAUUUAGAGUAUCCUGAACGGUUGCCCAAGCCAUUAGACAUCAACUUCUUCAAAUACAACGCUUCAGUGGCUAGAUCGCCAGCAUUUAUAAAUUUGCGAGAAGUUACAUGCCGUUUUAAAUUGCCACCUGGAGUAUAUUGUAUAGUGCCAAGUACAUUCGACCCUAACGAGGAAGGUGAAUUCUUGCUUCGAAUUUUCUCUGAAAAUAAAAAUAACAUGGAAGAAAAUGAUGAAGAAGUUGGUAUUGGAGAAAUCGAUGAUAGGGUGAUUAAUCCUAAUGGUAAUAAGGAACGCGAAGAUGGAGGCAAGGUUCCAAGUGAUCCAGAACCAGACAGAAACGCUGAUAAGGUUCGAGAAUUUUUCAAGAAGCUUGCUGGUGAUGAUAUGGAGGUAGAUUGGAUGGAGCUCAAGGAAAUCUUAGAUUUUGCAAUGAGAAAAGAACUACCACAAUCGACGGGUCGUAGUGAGGCUCAUGCCACAGAAUCUGUACAAGGAUAUGGUUCCUUUAUCGACACACUCAUCUCACUGCUGUGCGGCGUUUUUUGUAAUAAUGAACAGUACAAUAAGCCCGUAGAAACGAACGAUAGAGGAUUCAGUAAAGAUGUUUGCCGCAGCAUGGUUGCCAUGUUGGAUGUCGAUCAUUCUGGUAAACUCGGAUUCGAAGAAUUCAAAACUUUGUGGAAUGAUAUAAGGAAGUGGAGGGCGGUGUACAAAUUGUACGACAAAGAUGAGUCAGGAUACUUAAGUGCGUUCGAAUUGCGACAAGCGUUGAACAGUGCUGGGUAUCGACUCAAUAAUCAUAUUUUAAAUAUUUUGGUCCACCGUUACGGAACGAAAGACGGUAUGGUCACCUUCGACGACUACAUAAUGUGUGCAGUACGGCUAAAGACAAUGAUAGACAUUUUUAGGGAACGAGAUCCCGAUACGACUAAUACGGCUACAUUUUCAAUGGAGGAGUGGAUAGAAAAAACAUUAUACUCGUAAUCGAAUUCGUGUGGAAUUUAUGAUAAGGAAAGAAAUACCUCCGUUUGGUUUUCAUGGUUUUCUGUGCUGAAGAGUAAAUUAUAAAAAAUUAUAAUAUAAUUAUGAUAAUAACAAUUAUAAAAUUAUAAAUAUUACACGUACAGUGACACUGCUCUGUUAUGAGAAAUUAAUUACAAACAGUGAGUCUUAAUUUGCGCUUAUCGAAAUUACUCAUCUCUUUAUCAAAGAACUUUUAUUUUGGGCUGUGUUUUUAUUAAUUUUUAUAAAACGAACGAGAAAUAGAGAUGUGUCUUGAAUUAAUCUGCUUAUAGCAUAGAGAAAACCGAAGAGGGAAACGAUGUUGUUAAAUGAUUACGAGAAAGUAUGUAUAGAAAAUUGCUAUUUAUAGUAACAGAUGUGUUGCAUUUCAAUUGAUGCUAUUAUGUGUGUCGAUAGAAACUGGUGUUGCGUGCCUUGGGAUGUCCUUGUAUAUCUAAAUUUUAAAUUUGUAAAGAAAAAGUUAUCGUCAAAUAAUUACUUCUGAGAGCGGAUAUAAAAGUAUUAUACCAUGUUAUAUACGAACUUCUGAAAUGUAUGAUUAUAAAGAACAUAAAUUAUUUUA